UGAUACGACCAUGUCGUAAUUUCCUGUUACGUCGUGAUCCUUCGCUAGGGGCGGAGAGAGUCCCUCGGAGUUAUCCAAUCAGAUUAACGCUCUGCAGAAAGGCUGAAGAUGGCGGCGGUGAGAAGCUUGCUGAAGAAUGUGAGAUGCCCAUUUAACCAAAAUAACAACAACUGCAGCAAGGAGAACACAUCGUUUGUGUACAGGAAUGCGUUUCAAUAGUGACAGGGGCUUGACUGCUGAAAGCCCAUAAACGAAGCCUCGCGUGCUGUGUGUGUAGUGGAUUUGAAGGCGAGAGAAGCUUUUCAUGUUUAGUGUGCUGGUGCUGCUGGAUUGGAAACAACACACAAAGGGGACUACACACUGAAUUGCUGGGUUGGAUCACGCUUGUUGGAUCUGGAGAGUUAAACAUAUUUUAAAAACAGACUUAUUCAGGGGAUCUAUACCAUCAUGUAUUUUUUAACUGGUUGGCCCAGGAGGCUAAUGUGUCCUUUGAAAAGUGAAGAGAAACCGUUUCACAUCCAGCCGGACUCCCAUAGAGUUUUCUUUGCAGUGUUGUCACAAACUCAGAUCAGCAUCUGGUACAGCCGGCCCAGUGUUCUUAUAGUAAGUUACAAAGAGUCGGCAAAGGCGGCCUCCCAGUUUGGGUCUUACCAGCAGGCAGAAUGGAGGCCAGACAGCACCAUGAUAGCUGUGGCAACUACAAAUGGAUACAUCUUACUCUUUGACAUCCUGGCAGCUGGAGAGGACAAAUACCUCUACGAACCUGUGUAUCCCAAAGGGAGUCCUCGUGUGAAAGUGACACAUGGCUACAAAGAGGAACAAUGUGCUCCUGCGUUAAGUGUGGAACUGAAGAAGGUGAUGGACUUGCAAGCACCCAUCACAAGCUUGCAGUCAAUGCAGGAAGACGUGGUGGUUGCCACUGCCGACGGCCUUCUCCAUCUCAUUCACUGGGACACAGUGACGAAUGGGAGGAAGGAUAUCAAUGUCUGUACAGUUCCCUUUUCUGUAGACCUGCAGUCCUCAAGAGGGUCUUCGCAGGAUUUUGAAGGUGUGCACAUUAGAGACAUGGAGUACUGUGUAACCCUGGAUGGCUUUGCUGUAGUCUUUGAUGAUGGACGCGUGGGCUUUAUUACUCCAAUAUCAAGCAGAUUUUCUGCAGAGCAACUGCGAGGUGUGUGGGCACAGGAUGUGCUAGACGGCACCUGUGUAGCUGUAAACAACAAGUACCGAUUAAUGGCGUUUGGAUGUGCAAGCGGCUCUGUUUUAGUUUACACAAUAGAUGCAGCAACAGGAUCAAUGCAGCUUUCCCACAAGUUAGAAUUAACAGCAAAGCACUAUCCUGACACUUGGAAUAAAACAGGAGCUGUGAAGUUGAUCCGGUGGUCACCUGACUGCAGUGUGACCAUGGUGACUUGGGAAUGUGGAGGCCUGUCCUUGUGGAGUGUGUUCGGUGCUCACCUCAUCUGUACGCUGGGAGAGGACUUUGCCUAUCGAUCUGAUGGCACAAAGAAAGACCCUAUUAAGAUAAGCUCUAUGAGCUGGGGUGCGGAAGGUUAUCACCUGUGGGUUAUCAGCAGCGAUGUUUCCCAGCCUCUGGAAAGCGAGUCGGAGAACAAGGCUACCACGCAGCAGUCUGACAUCCUGCAAUUCCAGUUCAUCAAGAGCGCCUUAACAGCGAAUCCUUGUAUGAGUAACCAAGAGCAGGUUCUGCUGCAGGGGGAGGAUCGCUUGUACCUGACGUGCGGGGACACAGCCCAGGCCCAGAGUACUACAACAUCCUCUGCCAACUCUGACCACCAGGCUUCCAAGGAAAGGAAUACCCUCCCCAACACCAUUUCAAUAUCUCAGGGUUUAAGCACUUUAUUAGGACACAGACAUUGGCAUGUUGUACAGAUUCAGAGCACAUAUCUGGAGAGCAAUUGGCCAAUAAGGUUUGCAGCCAUAGACACACUGGGGCAGUGUGUUGCGGUAGCUGGCAGAUUUGGCUUUGCACACUAUUCCUUCCUUACAAGGAAAUGGAAACUGUUUGGAAAUAUCACCCAGGAACAGAAUAUGGUGGUGACUGGUGGCUUAGUGUGGUGGAAUGACUUCAUUGUAAUUGCCUGUUACAAUUUGAUAGACCAACAAGAAGAGCUAAGACUCUACCUGAGGUCCUCCAAUCUCGACAACGCCUUUGCCAACAUCACUAAAUUGUAUUCAGAGACGUUGCUAAUAAACGUUUUCCGGGACAUGGUGAUAUUAUUUAGAGCAGACUGCUCCAUUUGCCUUUACAGUAUUGAGAGGAAGCAGGGCAGUACAAACCCAAGUGCCAGUAUUGAGCUUCUCCAAGAGGUGUCCAUGUCUCGAUACAUCCCCCACCCUGCCCUUGUGGUGUCAGUGACACUGACCUCCGUGAGAACAGAGACUGGCAUCACCCUGAAAGCACCACAGCAGGCCUGUGCUGCAGAGAGCAUUAUGUUGAACCUGGCAGGGCAGCUGAUCAUGAUGCAGAGGGAUCGCUCUGGUCCUCAGGUCCGGGAGAAAGAGACCACAGCCAAUCAAAAGAAGCUGCUUCCAUUCUGUGCCCCUGUGGUCCUGGCCCAGUGCGUGGAGAAUGUGUGGACGACCUGCCGGGCCAACAAAAAUAAGCGCCACCUUCUGGAGGCGCUGUGGCUGGCCUGUGGGGAGGCGGGCAUGAAGGUGUGGCUGCCACUCUUCCCCAGGGACAACCGCAAGCCACACUCCUUCCUGUCACGACGCAUCAUGCUGCCCUUCCACAUCAACAUCUACCCACUGGCGGUGCUGUUCGAGGAUGCCCUGGUGCUGGGGGCCACCAACGAGACUGUGCUGUAUGACGGGCUGCCCUGGGCGGGGGUGGCUGGGGCUGGCGAGCCCCUGGAGGCGCUUUUCCCCUUCUGCACAGUGGAGCGCACCUCCCAAAUCUACCUCCACCACAUCCUGCGGCAGCUGCUGGUGCGCAACCUAGGGGAGCAGGCCCUGCUGUUGGCCCAGUCCUGUGCCGGCCUGCCCUACUUCCCUCACGUGCUGGAGCUGAUGGUCCACGUGGUGCUGGAAGAGGAAGCUACCUCACGGGAACCCAUUCCCGACCCUCUGCUUCCCACCGUGGCCAAGUUCAUCACCGAGUUCCCCCUCUUCCUCCAGACCAUCGUGCACUGCGCCCGGAAGACAGAGUAUGCCCUCUGGAACUAUCUGUUUGCUGCCGUUGGCAACCCUAAGGACCUGUUUGAGGAGUGCCUCAUGGCACAGGAUCUAGAAACAGCUGCUUCCUAUCUAAUUAUCUUACAGAACAUGGAGGUUCCAGCAGUAAGCAGACAGCACGCGACACUGCUUUUCAACACCGCUCUGGAACAGGGGAAGUGGGACCUGUGCCGUCACAUGAUUAGGUUUCUGAAAGCCAUUGGCUCUGGAGAAACAGGGACCCCACCGACCACACCGACCACUCAGGAGCCGAACUCAACAGGGGGAUUUGAGUUCUUUAGGCAUCGAAGUAUCAGCUUCUCUCAAUCGGCAGAGAGCCUUGCAGCUUGGAAAUUCAGCCUUCAGAAGACCCUAAGCAUGCCUUCAGGACCGUCUGCCAAAAGGUGGAGUAAAGAGAGUGAAUGUGCUGAGAACAUGUACAUUGACAUGAUGCUAUGGCGGCAUGCACGAAGGCUGCUGGAGGAAGUCCGGCUAAAGGACCUUGGCUGCUUUUCCGCCCAGCUGGGCUUUGAGCUGAUUGGUUGGCUGUGUAAAGAACGGACCCGAGCUGCCCGCGUCGAUGACUUUGUGAUGGCUUUGAAAAGGCUUCACGAAGACUUCCUCUGGCCCUUUCCAGUCAUUCCUGCCAGCUCCAUAAACUCCCCGUUCAGAAACAGCAGAUACAGAACAGCUGUUGGAGGGCGCUUGCUGAAAUCGCAGUCGGCAGAUAGCCUGAUAAACAAUGAAAUGGACACCAGUGCCUCCAACACCCCUCGCAGCCACAGCUGGCUGGACAGCCUGAACUCUGCCUCGAGAGAGAUGGACACCGCCUCGUCACACGGAGCACACACACAGGAGGCCUUCCUGUCACCUCUCCUCAACAAAGGUGACGAUUGUAGCAUUGGCUCCGCGACGGACCUGACGGAGACCAGCUCCAUGGUGGAUGGAGACUGGACGAUGGUAGACGAGAAUUUCUCCACCCUGAGUCUGACACAGUCCGAGCUGGAACAUAUCUCCAUGGAACUGGCAAACAAGGGACCUCAUAAGUCCCAGGUGCAGCUGAGGUACUUGUUGCACAUCUUCACUGAGGCAGGCUGCCCGGAGUGGUGUGUCAUCAUAGGCAUCCUUAUGCGAGAGGCAUCUGUGAUUAGUCAGGUGGUCAGUUGUCUCCAGUCUGCAGAAGUCCCAGUUGACACUGUGCUGAAUAUCAAGAACGGUCUAAUGGCAGUGGACGUAUGGGCAUCAACAGACUGCCUGGGAUACAAGCCUUUCCUCAACCUGAUCCGACCACAGCUCCAGAAGCUAGUGGAGGUGACCCAAGAGCAGGUGCAGCCCGAAGCUUUCCAACCAACCAGCACCGCCAAGCUGGUAGAGCCUGUUUGUCCUUGGCCAGAGGAUAGCCGGGGGGGGCCUGCAAGCCUCAACACCAGCGUGCAGAAUGAGGAGGGCAGCGGUGCCAGCCGGCUGGAGGAGGAAAUCCCCGGGGAGGAACAAGAGGAGCAGCCUUUAGAGGAGGGCACAUUUGACUGCACUCUGUCAUAACAGGAGAGUGUGGUGGGUGGGACACACGCAGUAUUAAUCAGUGCUGUAGCUGGGCAUUCACCAAUCUGCAACCCAGGAGGCACCGAUAAAGACAUUGGCCCUUUUUUGUUUUAAGAAAAUACAGAAUCAGUAGUAUUGCAUUUCUUUUUUUAUUUAAAAAAAAAUAAAUAGUGUGGCUUUCCCAGAUUCAUGAAUAUUAGUGUAUCACGAAGAGAAUAUUUGAAUACCUGCCAUUGUAAGCAAAACACAUAGGGGUGAAAAGAUGGCCAAUUAAGAUAUUAGGCUGACUACCAAGCAUCUAAAGGUGAUUGUUGGGGAAAGCAGCCACCAAACUUGGUUUAAAUCUUGACAAUAAAGUUUUUAAACAAUUGAAUCAGAGCAAAGACCUGAUUCAAUUGUAUGACUUACCCUAAAAACAAAUGUAAAACUAUACAUAACUGAAUUUAAAUAAGAAAUAACCCAAGUGUAUAAGGCAUAUAAGGCUGAACCUGUCUUAUGAUCGCCCAAUUCUUGGAGUGCUGCAUUUCUUAAUGUGAUAAUCACAUGGUGAUGAAAGCAUUAGGGUUGGAUUGUAAGAGAUUAUAAGUAUUCUUGAAAUGUUCACAUUUGUGAAUCGGAAUAGACGAUGCAUUCAUUUCAAAGAACCCAGCUUAAAAAGAAGUGUUUUUACUGGUACUGAUGUUGAGUGAAUAUUGUUUUUUUGGGUUUUUUUGCAGUAACCGGAGGUAAUCAUUUUUAAGAAAAUUGUUUCAUUUGUGUUUCAACUCCAACAUGCAACAGACACCUGAGAUGUUCAUUACCUAGGAUGGCUGUAAGCUCACAUAUGGGCCCAGUAGAACUGCAUUAAAAAACAUGUACCUUACACAGGGGAAGAAUCCUGGUGUUCCCCGUCCCACCAGCCUCCCCCCAAACCAUUAGAAGUACUUGUAGAAGAUGAACACUUGCAUUCUUUUAUACACAGUAACAGGAACAAAAUGCUAAUCAAAUGGGGUUUGGGGAAAUUAUUCUACUCUCGGGGAUACUGCAUGCAUAAAGCAGUCGGAUAUAAUGUCAUCAGCAUAAACUGGUCAUUUCUCAAAAGUUUUACUGUCAGCAAGUGCUAGUUAUUUCCUGACUCCCUUGACAGUAUUGCAGGCACAGGAUUAAGUUAAGAGUCCUUUUUUUUUUUUUUUAAACCACUGUAAUUGUCUCAACCACCGUGGCUACAGUUCUGCUUGGGAAACCAAUAGUAAAUGAGGGGAACGAAGUUUGAAAGCAGAGUUGAGUACCAGUCAAAUCUGUUUUUUGUUCUUUUUAUCUGCUAACUCAGAAUGAAUCUUGUCUUAGUCUAAGUGUUUUGUAUAAAGUGUUUUAAAAGCCUAUUGUACCUUAUUGUAAAUACUGUUGUAUAAAGGACCCUUUUCAAUUUGCUGACUGCAGCUCUUGUGUGUAUUGAAUGGUACAUCUUUGCAUGAAUGUGGUAUGGCUUUUAUAUCACUUGCAGUAGCUGUAGGCUCAGCAAAAACACAACUGAUGAUGAACAAGUCUUAACUGUAGUGAAAGCGACAAAGAACAAGGGAUAAGAAAAUGGGCUAAGCUGUACUGGGAGCAGAAUGGGCCCUUUUCUUCAGAGAACUUGGAACAAGGAGACCGCUGCAGAAGUUCUCCUUAAAAAAUGUUUGGAAAAUAUUUAUGUUGAAUACAGUUAAACAACCAGUUGAUUCAACUAUCAAUGCUCAAUAUUGAUCAUGUCAAUAUUUAUUCCAAGCUCCUGGCUAGCUAUUAUUGUACUUGUCAAGCAGAAAUUAUUUAUUUUCAGCUCUUAUUUAUUGCUCUCGAGCAUUCGUUCUUGGAGUGCAACUGCAUCUCAUGAAUGUAAAUAGUACCAAAAAAAAAAUCAUGUACUCUUGUACCCUAACGUCUUCAUUAAUAUGUAGUAAUGUAAAAGGAUGCACACUAAAGUAAAAAAAAAUCAUCCAUUUCAAUGUAUUUUACUAAAUAAAUAUUAUCAUUGUAUACAUGUAUUUAAAAAAAAAGAAGAGAUCAUUUAUUUUCAUCCUCGUCAUAGUUCUUUACUUCUAGACCAAAUGUGCAUUCAAGACAUUGACAAAGUAUUUUAGAAGUAUCAUAUCUUUUUUCAUGUAUUCUAAUAGUUUCUACCUACAGCAGUAUUACAUAUAUUGGCAUACAUUUGUAAAGAUGCAAUUUAAAUAAAUUAAUGCAGAAAUGUUACUUAUUUUAUACAAGAAUGGAGUGGUCUAUUUUUAUAGAGCUUUACUGUAUACGAUUUUCUCUUUUGUUUUCUUUAUAUGGACCAAAGUGUCCCAAACUGUUACCUGCCUUUGCUAAACUAACUCCACCCCAUUGAUGAUAAAAUUGAUAGGGUCCUAUCCAGUUUAUAACACAUUAUAAUCUUUAUUUUUUUAUGCAAGCUUUUUUUUCUGGAUAAGACCAGAUAAGUCCUGUUGGUACUUCACUGUCACUGAUCUGUGCACUGUCCCUGGGGGCACAGCUGUCAACAGUUUGUUUUUAUUGCUGCCUAGGCUGUGUUGUUGCAGUUUUAUUUCAUUAUUUUAUUGUGCUGACCAAAGAAAAUAUGUGAUGAAUUUUGACUCAUUCAGACUGUUUUUCAAAAAAGUUUUUAACUGGUUUAAUUUGAUAGAUAAACCAAGCCAUUGCACUUUUGAAUGGAUGAUUGUAAAGCCACUUCUGAUUGGUUACAAGUGUUUCCACAGCAGCAUCUCAGAGUGGCCAGCUGAAUCAUCCCAGGAAUCCUAAGAUAAAGUGUGAUUCCAUCAUUCAUAAGGAUAAUUUGGGUGAAACCACUCAAACUUGUCCUCCUCUCGUGUACCUUGGCAUUAAAAGAAACUAUAAAUUAUUGGCUUUUUUAAUGCACUUAAUGGGGUGUAUUUUAAUCAUUUGUAUAGUGGUGCACCUAUAUACACUUUAAUUCGAUAUACGAAAUACAACUGUAUGAGAUGUACAGCAGAAAUGUUUUACUUUUUUUUGGGUGUUACCUAUUAAAAGGUUGAGCAAUAUGUGAAAUACACUGUUCUCCAGGUGAGAAGUGAAAACUGAACACAAAGGAAGUUCAUCCUCAGAAAAUUAAUAAACAACUUUUAACAUGGAAAAUAACAUUCUUUUGUAUUCAAGGUGGUGUAAAACAUUCUAUUGUCAUGGUGAUAAUGGUAUUCUAAGUGUUAGAAAUAUUGUAUUUGUUUUUUAAAUUAAAGCAUGUAAAUAUGUUUAUGCAAGGGUCAUCUAUAAAUAAAUUCAAAUUAGACAUAAUGUGUCAAUAUUGAGUCCAUGGGUUACAGAAAUAACAACAGAAUACACAACACUAACAGUAGAAUAAAUUGAACUGACCUGUUAGAUGAACUUUCUUUACCUUCCAUUUCCAAUUCUCCCCCGAAGAUGAGACCUUUGUGUCUUGAAAGCUGAUGUAUUUUAGCAAUAUUCAGCUGAUGCUAUUAAAAGGAAUUGCUUAAAAAGUUAAAAAAAUAAAAUAGUGAAAGGGUUUUCAAACCGAGUAACAUUCUGAAUGCCAGGGCACCGAUAAUUAAGAUCUUCCGCUGUUUAGUUCAUUAAAAUAGACCCUGACAUCUCUGCAAAGCCUUUGCUGUAACUGAGAAUAACAGGUUCCAGAGAAGGGAAAGGUUAUUGAUUUUCAAACUUGGUACCAAAUUCAUAUGCAGGUCUUUUGAAUUACCUUGAUUACAGUGUGCAGGUGUGUUAAAUUGCGUCAAAUAUUCAGCUGAAGAUCAGCCCAAAGGCAAACAGGUUUUUCCUUCCGUUGAACAAAUUGCAUUUUCCAUUUCAUUUCAUGGUAAAAUAACUUAAGAUGAAAUUAGAAAGUCAUUUUGGAUGUUGAUUAGCCAUCAGGCUUCGCAAACCUGUUUGUGACACACAAACAUUCAGGUUAGCGGAGUAUAAAUGCAGAAUGCAAUGUCAUGUAUAGUUUUUGUCUCUGUACUAUUACUUUUUUUAUCGGUUUUCUGUACAUAAAGAACAACAAUAAAUUAUUAAAAAAUAAAAAAACAAUCUUUUUGUGUUUGUGUUUUAGCAUAGAGGCCAUUGAAUAAAUCAAAUGCUUUUAAA